AUGGUCAAGUUGAACGCCGACACCUAUGGCGCCUCCAACACCAACGGUUGGGUCACUGAGUUCACUCUACGUUCGCAGGAGUCCUAUCAGCCGGGGGCCGUACAGCUCAUGACGUUCGCCAUGAAAACCGUUGGUACCAUGGACAGCGGCUAUAGUAUUGAUAUCAUAGCUCAUCCUACGGACAAGUGGAGGCUUGGUUACCCAGGCGCGGCUUGCGAUGGUUACUCCAACAAGAGUUUCAUCCCUGGCAGUAGCUGUACACUGAGAGCUUACCCGGGUUCUGAUGGGACUCAGGCCAACGGGUUUAGAAUAGCUAUCGGCUCUUCAACAGUCCAGGACUAUUCAAGCGAUUUUCAAGCGGCUGGUGCUCGGCAAUGGGUAACGAUGCAGUUCAGUCCAGGCAACACGUUACAGCCAUUGCGGCCUUUAUCAGGAGGUACAGUGACGCAUGCUGGAAGUAUUGUUAUAGAACCUCCACAAGGCUUCAAGAUUGUCGACAGUGAAGCACCCCAGUCUGUGGACGGCGAGGAUGCCUUGGUAGGGUUGUGGGACAUGAACGUGGCCGAUAACACGUGGGAACUGAGGAUAGUCCAGACGACCGCCUUCAAGGACACGCAGUUCACUGUGAAGCUGAUGGUGGAAAACCCCUCUGAAGCAACCAAUGCGCAGAGCUGGACAAUCACAGUGAAGGAUGCUAAUGAGCCAUUCCAGAACAUCAUAGCGGCCACUAGAGAUGUUCGAGGAUUCCCUGUCUAUUCUCAAAUGCUUGCUGCCACUCUGGCCCACGCCAAUCAGAUCAGCAAUGCUUCCAAUCUUAUACGAUUCACGCUAACUGCUAAGCAGGAUCUUGGUCAUGGUGGCGAUGGGAAAAUGGUCAUCAUUGCUCCUCAAGGCUUCACCGUCCAGAAAAGAUGCCCGAGAUUUGAAGCUGUGCACAUGCCUGAUGUCGUGUGCAAGGGUGAUGAAGCAAGGCAACUGACGCUUACCUUCCCUCAACCAGCCAGUGUCCUUGCUGGGAGCACUAUGGUUUUCGAUGUGGAGUUUGGGAAUCCUCCAUCAACACCACCCACGUUGGAGAAUUUUUGGUAUGCCUAUACAGUACGACCAGAUGGUAUUGGUGCUGAUGUCGCCAAAAUUGAGGGUUUCGAGCUAUACCCCAGAGAGUUCACUUCCUUCGUGGCAAUCUCGACCUGCAAGAGCACUUUCAUCCUGAGGUACACUGGUGACGGCACUGGAGGGGCGGCGGGCAUCGCUGUUGCCUUGGCCUUCUCCACGGCGGCUGCUGUUACUGGCGCUGUUGACAUGUCCACUUCCGAACCCAUCGUGGAGGGUGUGACGCCCAACAGCCUUUCUUUUCGCCUGUCGGACGAUCUUCAGGCGGGAUUCGAAUACGGCUUCAAGGCGGUAGUUACUAUACCAGCCGAGUCCCCAGCAUCAAAUACGUGGUGGCUUGAGCACUAUAGACUCACAGGCGAUGUUGAUGAGCCCUACCAAAAUGUCGCUAGUAAAGGCACCUCGGGCUUUCGCACGCAGGUCCUCGUGGACGUGUCCAUCACAGCAUACAACCCCGUGGAGGAAGCUUGGGACAAUCCGACCACUAUCGUCUUCGAACCCACCGCCGAUGUCCUCACUAUGCAGUCCAGCCAGAGGGCGGAGUUGCUGGUCCAAGCCCCCGUUGGGUUCACAUUCCUAUGCCCUUUGAAGGAGGCUGACAUCGAUCAGACUGAUACCGUGACGCAGCAACUUCCUAGCGAGAAAGAAUGCUCUGUGAUUCACUCAGUGGAGGACGAGAAGAAUAAGCUUCACGUGUGGGUCAGGCGACGUCACUGCUCCUUCGUAGUAGCUACCGUUACUGGCAGAUACUUUGAUGAUCCCGACCAAGGACUGAAGGCAGGCACCAGGUACUCCUUCGUGGUUGAUAUGAUCAACCCUGCCUUUGCCAACUCAAUCAGCAACUACUUUACUCUAUCCACCAGAGUCGGUGGGGAGGUUGUCGAAGAGAAGACGGUCUCAGGCUUCCGUCUUACCAAGCGUAUGUCCGAGACGCGCUAUAUAUCCCUGCCAGCUACAGAGGACCGUCGGGCUGGUUUUGCUGAUAACGUUGUCACAUUCGUCAUGGGUUUGCCGAUCGACGCUCCUGUUGGUGGACUGUUGGUCUUGGUCGCUCCAAAAGGGUUCAGUCUGAUCCGCAACGUGGACACACGAAGUUGUGAAAUAGUGGGAACCACUAGUAUGGGAACACGUUAUGGUGACUUCCCUGAUCUUGAGGAACUUUCGUGCGUGUGUCCAGUGAACGACUUCACUGCUGAGGUCACCCUCCCGAGGACCCUUGUUGCAGGCGACUACGCUAUUGAAGCGAGGGUGUCGAACCCGUUGGUCACACCAGCGCACAACUACUGGAACAUUCUGAUUAAAGACGACGGUAACCCUCGAGUGACGAUGAUCAGCGAGAACUGGAUUGCUGGUUUGAAGAUCCAGGAAAUUCUCAACACGAAUAUCGUUGCGUACAACCCGGCAAACUCCAUAGUAGGGGAGGCAUCACCCAACCUGAUCAGUAUCAAGUUCACUACCACUUCGCUGUUGCCGAGCUCUACAUCUGAUUUCAAUGGUGGUGUUAUAACAGUCACUGCGCCGCAGGGCUUCCAUUUUCCUGCCGUAUGCCGCUAUUUCUCUACUGACUCGGUGGGAAAUGCUGAUGCUGGUGUGUUACCAUCUGGUACGAGCUGUCGUGGUGACGGCCUUCGAACUGUCACACUAAAGACGCCCAUGGGCUCGUUUCUGGAGCCCGGAACCUACGGCUUUAGAGUACUCAUUGAGAAUCCAUCGACCCCUUUUGAAGAUUUUACGGUAGAGGAUAAAAAGUGGGAAAUGAAAACUCUGUUGAGUAAUGGCACUAUGGUUGAUUACAACGGCGCAAUGUACGGUUUCCCGAUCCGUCAUCGAGCCCGGUACUUCUCUGUUGAAGGCUUGAGUCCUGUUGGUCUGUACCGUACUGUUGUGAAGAUAUCCUUUUCAUUGUACGAGGCUCUGCCACCUCAAGCUAACAUAACUAUUACCACUCCGGAAGCUCUGAUAGUCGAUGCUGUUGGCCAACCGUGUGUUUAUCCAACACCACAGCAAAUCGAGGAGGCCUCGUCCGGCACCGAUUUGAGCACCCUAUUGAACGUCCUGGACUUGAGGGCUGAAUUUGCCCGGACUAGUCUACUGGACACAACUCAACUGCCGAGUCACAUCUCCUGUACCGUCACUUCGAAUAAUGUGAUAGUGUUGAAGAACGAAGACGAGGAGCGCACUGGAAGGUCUUUGCUGGGCGGAACGACCUAUGAGCAAAUAGUGACAAAUGUGGUGAACCCCCAAUCCACCCCAGAAGUGAACCUAUGGCGUAUCGAGGCGUAUACGCUACAUGAGAGUGCUCCAGAGACAUGGGCUGCAACGGGUUACACUAUACUGCCAGAAUUGGAAGGAACUUACCAGCGCGCAUGUGACGAACUCGAAAAUCUCUGCAGUAACGCCAACUUCCACACUCCACCCGUCGAGCGUGGCAACGAUAAAGUCCUAUAUUGCGUAUCCAGCGGUGGCAUGCUGGAGGUUACGCUAGGUGCUACGACAGUUCUGGAGAAGGGUACCCCACUUACGUUUUCCGUGACGGGGUAUAACGCGGAUCUGCCCAUCUCUGUGGACGACCAUGCAGCCCAGUUGAGCAACUUGUGGAGUUUCAUUACCCACGAUUCGGAUUCCGCGAAGACUCCUCUCGAUAGGAAGAUUACUACCGGUUUCCACCAACUCGGUAUUAUCUACGUUCAUCUGAUUUCACCGGAGCAAACAAAAGUCAGCGUUGCUGAAAACCGCGUCGAGAUUCGUUUGAGGCUCUCCACGCAAGCACGUCCAACUUCGUAUUUGAGAAUAUGGUUCCCACCAGGAUUCGAACCUGUGGACGAUGGCUGUGCUGUCCGCAGCUUCGACUUGGAUUAUCACAGGUACGUAGGGGCAGACCUUCCUUUCGAUCCUAGUAGGACUUUUGUGGGGCUCCCGGUGGGGACCAUUUGUGAAUCGACGAUCGACUUGCGGACAGGUCUCAUGUUGAUUGAUUUGACGAUGGCUGAAAAGAUGGACCCCGGCCUGAAUUACGCUUUCCAAGUGGGCGCGAUGAAUCCCCCAACCCUUCCUCCAGACGGUCAGAAUAUUUUCCGAUUUGAGACGCACACGAGAGGAGUCAUGCUACACCUAGAGGAAGGCUUCAUAUUCUCAUGCGAAUCGGCAUCCUAUGUCAACUUGAGCUCUGCGACCAACUGUUCGGCCAACCUACACGAGGCUGAGUUUAAAUUCGAUACUCUCGAGGAGAAGGCACCAGAGGAAGAAUUCAAAAUCAAAGCAUAUGUCCAGAACCCGCGAUUCACUCCACAACCCAAUACAUGGGCCUUCCGUAUUCGAUCUCCAUCGGGACUUGUUAUCGACAUACGCCUCGGUGUGCCUGGCUUUGACAUCACAGGCCUGGUCGAGGUGACUAUAGUACCGGAGUUUACGUACAAGAGACAUCGGAAUAACAUAGCCGUCUACUUUCUCCCUUCUACUAUUAUGAACCGUGCUGAUGUCGGCAAUGAAGUUGUCCUCGCUGCACCAUGGGGAUUUGCUUUUCCUAGCAAUUGCUCUCAUUUCGACAUGAAACCUGAGGCCAGUGCUAUUGCGGGAUAUGAGAUCCCGGACGACUACGUCUUUCCUCCUGUUGGAACUACGUGUGGAGGUUCAGACAACGUGCUCACAGUGCGGUUCCCACAGGGGGCUGGUCUGCAACGGUAUCGAUAUAUUAUGCGAGUUGACGUCAUGAAUGCUAUGUCCAACGUCAACCCCUCUAUUACUAACAGCAGUCCGCCUUUCUGGUCCUUUACGACUCGAGUGAACAACGAAGAUGUGAUGCGCAACGUGGACUCGAAUAUGAAAGUUCAGGGCUUCUGGGUUACGGAUCUGAUCAUCCCCCAGAUGGGAGGGGCCGGCGACGGCCCUUCAGUUCAUAUCGCCUCGAAAAUGUGCAAUAUGUCGAUUCUGUGUCUUUCCCAAGGAGCACGCGUCCCGACUCGAGGCCUUUUCAUCUUGCCCUGUGUCCCAUCGUGA